AUGGCGCCUGCGCUCGCGCCGCUCCGGGUGUUUCUGUACGUGUCGCUGGCCGCAGCCGAGCAUUCCGUGAUCUACGGGACCGCCUGGAAGAAGGAGGCCACCGCAGAUCUGGUGAAGCUGGCGCUACGCCAGGGCUUCAGAGCGCUGGACACCGCCAACAUGCCCAAGCACUACAAUGAGAGUCUGGUGGGAGAGGCUGUGUCCGAGUUUCUGGCGACGGGUCAGCUGACGAGAGACCAGCUGUGGGUGCAGACCAAGUUUACUCCGGACGCCUGUGCCGACAUCCCAGAGGAGCUUUGGCCCUUCGACCCUGCGGAGCCUCGCCCGUCGGCGCGGGUCAGACAGUCGCUGCGCAGCUCCUUGCGACAUUUGCGCGUGGACAGGGUGGAGGCGCUUCUGCUACACGCGCCCAUGCCCACGCGUGCUGAGUCGCUGGAAGUGUGGCGGGAGAUGGAGAGGAUCCAAGAGGAGAACCUCGCAGGCGAGAUUGGCGUGAGCAACUUCAACGCGCAAGAGCUCCGAUGGCUACUGAGCGCUUCGGACAAAGCGCCGGCCUAUGUGCAGAAUCGGUGCCUACACAAGGAUGGCUGGGACGCCGAAGUGCGGCAGCUCUGCCAACGCCACGGGAUCCGAUACCAGGGCUUUUGGCUCCUCACGGGCAACAGGCACGUCACCAGAGACGAGCGCCUCAUCGAAAUCGCGCGCAGGCACCACCGCACGCCGGAGCAGAUCUUGCUGCGCUUCGCGGUGCAGGGGCUGGGCAUCCUCGCCCUCAGCGGCACAAGGGACGCUGAGCACAUGGCGCAAGACCUCGAGGUGUCCCGGGCAGAUUUCUCGCUGUCCGCGGAGGAGAUCUCGGUCCUCAUGGAGCUGAAGCCCCCCGAGUUCGCCGAGACCGAUCCAGUAACGGGGACCAUCGUGAACGACCUGGAAGAGGCGGUCCAGAUCUAUUGGGAGCCACAGUCUGGACCGGAGGUCCACAACGGCGAUGUGCCCGCGCAGGGCCAGCUAGUGGUGCAAACCUUCCACGGCCACCGCUUCCUGGCGCGGACCUUCGAACACGCGGAGCUGGUGCUGCGCUGGACGGCGGACCGGGCCGCCGGAAGGGCACAGGAGGUGCGGGUGGAUCGGAGAGUCAAGGCGGAGUUCGCCAACGUGGGUGCUUCAGAGCUCCGAGUCUUUUGGAAAGGCGCAGGCGCUGAGGUGCUGCAGGACACCUUGCCGGCGGAGGGCAAGCUGCAGAUCGACAGCUUUCUGGGGCACGAGUUCGUGGUGAGAACUGCUGACGGGCGCGCAGUACAUGAGUGGCAGGCAACCGCCGCGCACGGCGCGCAUCGCGUGGAAGUCGGCGAGUUGUAG